GCGGGCGGGGAGGCACUUCCGCCACCAGGACGUGUUCAUUGUAAAAUCUCGCUUGCUGUGCAGUGCAAGCAUUGCAGCGGUUUUUAAACUAAAUGAAAGGCUUGGUUAUUUUUUUCACCGGCGGUUUAUCCUUGUUGUUUUAAUCCCCGGAGGACCCGGGCGGUUGUGCUCAGAAGCCGCACAGCGAGGGUACUAUCAUUUGCACGUCCAGUCCUGCCUGGCAUUGAAUUGCACACUGUCUGUCGCUUUCUGUUCUCUGUAAGCGGUGGCGGAGUAGCAAAGGGGGAAAAAAAAGUGCAUUUCAAAUGAUUUUCUUUUAAAUCGCACGCUGCUUGCGACGGUUUGUUUUCAGAAAUGUGUUAAGUAGGACUUGGCUGUAUGUUGGUGCGGGAGGACGAGUCUGUUUGGAAAGCUGCAGCGCUGAUUCAGUGCUGGUUUGGCGUCGUGUUGUGUUGGGUGGCUGCCGGCACAUCGUUAUCAUGACGUGCUGAGCGAGAGGCCUCCGGUUGAGUCUCAUAAUAACAGAUCCUAUUCGGAGAUCGCCUGGUUUAUCUUUAGUAACAUCGUAUCACACGCUGUAUAGUGUUAUUGUUGUAAUUAGUGGCGAGGAUAUAUACUUUUUAAAAUAUAAACUCGCUGUUUGUUUAACUUUGCGUGCAGUGUUGUUUACUCUUGUUGUUUGAUCGACUGCAGCUCUUAAAUUCUCUUUUUCUGUUUGUUUAAUGCCACUACAGACCGCAAGUACCGCAAUAAUAACAAAUACACGGAAUAUCUGUUGUUUUAAAACAAUACUGUCGCCUUUAAGGAUUCUCGGAGCGCGCAUUUUUAAAUAGCUUCGUGGCGUUUGAGAUUCUAGCGAAGUAAAGCUUUCGAGGUUAAGAAACGAAGGAAGCGAUGAAUGGGUUCAGUACCGAGGAGGACAGCCACGACGGCCCUCCGGCUGCCCCGUUUUACGGCCAGAGCUGCUGCCUGAUCGAGGACGGGGAGCGCUGCGGCCGAUCCGCCGGGAACGCCUCCUUCAGCAAGCGGAUCCAGAAAAGCAUCUCUCAGAAGAAACUCAAGCUGGAUAUCGACAAAAGCGUCAGGCAUCUGUAUAUCUGUGAUUUCCACAAGAACUUCAUCCAGAGCAUUCGCAACAAGAGGAAGAGAAAGACCAGUGAUGAUGGGGGGGAAUCUCCGGACCACGAUGCAGAAGUGCCAGAGGUUGAUUUGUUUCAGCUGCAGGUGAACACACUGCGCCGUUACAAAAGGCAUUACAAGCUACAGACCAGACCUGGCCUCAACAAAGCUCAGCUGGCGGAGACUGUCAGUCGCCACUUCAGGAAUAUCCCCGUGAACGAGAAGGAGACCCUGACCUACUUCAUCUACAUGGUGAAAAGCAACAAGAGCCGGCUGGAGCACAAAUCAGAAAGCAGCAAGGCGCUUGAAUAAGUGUGCGCCUUUCUCUUUCUUUACUGCUUUGAACAACUGCUGGGGUGCACACCAAGCAUGCUGGAGAGAGAGAGUGCAUUGCAGGCAGCCAGACCUCCCUCCUCAAGACUGCGGAUCCAUUCAAAACUGUAGCUACGAUGUAUAUUACACAUGCAUACGCACAGCUUGGGACAAAAGUGUUGCAUUACCCAGAACUAGGAUUGAGACAUAAAAAACAAAAUAAAACUAUAUGAACCAUAUCAACAACAGUAUUUAAAUUUGUCAGGUUUUCGUUAAGUAUAUUGAAAACUACAAAGCGGUAUGUAAUUCAAUGUAUUAGCGUAACAUUAUUCAGCAGGUUUCAUUCAGCUUUAUGAAGCACAAUGAGUUCAUUCUAUAGGGUGAUGCAAAACUUUUGGACAUAGCUGUAGAUAUUGUAUAUUAAAUUAUGAGUGCAAAAGCAUUUGGUUUGGAAAAUGUCGUAUCCCUACACAGUGGGGGGGUGGCAUUUUUGGAGCUAACUGUUAUUUUGAAAACAUUUCACGUGAGUGAUGUGAUUGUGUGCCAAAACACAAAGAAAAUGAGAAAUCUGUGUUCUUGCAAAAUAAGAGAUGAAAGCCGUACGAUACAAGACUGGCAUGAAAACCAGAUUGAGAUCGAUGUGGGGCUGUGCAGCCGAGAGAAGGUUGUUACAGAAUUAGGGAAACGUGUGCACGCUCUAGAGAGAUGUGUUACUGUCCCAGUGCAGGACGGCAUGUUCCUGAGACUGGGUGCAGACGCAGUGCAUUGUGGAGGGGGGGGUUGUUUUACAUAUUGAAUAUCUCGAUUCGGGGCAGUGUGUACUGCUCACCCCUCAUUAAGAGCUAGCACAUGGUCACAUGUUUCAUAUUGUUUUCUACACAGAGGGCUCGAAUGGAAACACAUGCAAGUGUAUGAUUUGAUGUGUUGACACGAGUGUGGAUUUUAAGAUUCCUGAAUGUGUCGUUGUUGUGUCCCCUAAAGCUAAGCUGUG